GUCGCUGUGGCCUCUGCGAGGAAGAGGAAGCCGAAAGACUUCUACUGACUGGAAAUCGUCGCCGAAAUGGACAGGUACGCGGCUGCGCUCAGUGCGAAGUUCUCCCCCGAGUGCAUGUGCCUGCAGGACGUGAGCGACGGGCAUACACGGCAAGGCUUCGCCGACGGAAGGGCGCUCGACGCGGAGGGCUUGGAGAUUCUCCUGCUCCUCGUCAGUUCCGCCUUUGAGGACCUAGCAGCGCUGCAGCGGCAGCAGGCUCCGUCCUGCCUUUCUCUGUGUCACCUCUGGAGAGCAGCGCUCAGCCGCUGGACCCUCCGGCCCCUCUCCCCUCCCGGCCAUCCUCACCCCCCGAAGCAGGCGGUCAAUGACAUCCUCGGCCCAGACCUGCGAAGUGGCAAAAUUCACUCGAUUCAGAUGCGGUGCUGGACGCCGGCGCAGUGGCAGAAGAAGGGCCGCCCAACAACGCUGCGGUCCGGCGUCCCUUGCGCGCUCAUCGCCCUCUCCGAGUCUCCGCUCCUCUCCCUCCCGGCGGCAUCCCCCGCCGCCGGCCUCGCCGGGCCGCCUGUGUGCUCGCUGCCGCCAUCAAAGGUGUCAUCCGAGCCGAGCCUGCCGACGUGGAAGCUGCCGCCAAAGAUGGUUGAGCACCAGCAGCUCUGCGAGUGUGGCGGUGGCGCGGUCUCGUGAGGCGGCGUGCCUACUUGGCCGGGUUUUGCGUGUUUUGAGGACUUGUGCGCGUGGCUGAUGCUAGCGGCUGAUGUGGCGUCAGGUGUGUAUGUGGUGUGGAGGGAACGUCUGCAUGGACAUGGUUGGGAGGCUACACGGGCGACACGAGGGUCCUCGCGCUAUCGCUCUCGAUCCUCUCUCUCCGCGUGGUCUGUGAUUGUGUUUUUUUUGCGCGUCAUGUGUGUGUGUCGUCCGCCCAAACUCUUGAUGAUGUGUUGAACCAUUUCUAACUCACAACUUUCUAGUCUCUCUCU